CCCCGAAGCGUAGUUGCAUAGAAAGAGGCAAAACGCAUCUAGGGUUUUAGGUUCAGGGCAAAGAAAAGGAGAAAUCAUGUUUCCAGGACUGUUCAUGCGCAAGCCAGACAAGGCCGCGGCCUUGAAGCAGCUACGGACCCACGUGGCCAUGUUCGGUGCCUGGGUUGCCGUGGUUCGUGUCACUCCCUAUAUUCUUCACUACUUCUCUGCUGAAAGUGAAGAGCUAAAGCUCGAAUUUUAGAUCUCACUUGUAGUUGGUGUAAGAGAGAGGAAUGCACAGGAAUGGGAAAAGUUUGAGGUCUGCUUGUCCUUGCAUUAGGUUAAAUGUGCCCUUGCUUUGCUUUGUGGCAAUGUCCCUGUAGCUUUUUAUAAUUUGGAGGCUUGGCUACUUUCACAGUAUGUAAUGACUUGUCUAGUAUUAUAUCUCAUUGAAUAUACUUUCUGUUACUGGGUAGUAAUAUCGGUAAAUUAAUUUCAUCCUAGGAAUAAUAUUUUCUAUCAUGUUUUUCACA